UUUUCUCUUAUUUUAUCCGAAGGCAUGAGUAUUUUUUUCUGGGCUCAGGUGUGCUUUGACUCAGGGGGAGGCAGCGCCCUAAACCGGCGUGCACACGCACCUGAGAUUGCGCGCACCCGUGAAAUUCCUGAGAGUUCACGCACAACACGAUUCACGCCUAGAAAUCAAGGCUCGUGUAAACUCGGAAGUCUCUAUGUGUGGGUUGACAAUCACAUGCACAUUAGGAAAUUUGUGAAAGGUGUGUUGUAAUCACACUAUCAGUGAGAAGGGAAACAUAAUAACAACACACUUGCUACAUGUUCAAGAUAGAUCUUGCGCUCGUGGUCGGCGCAGUGACGCCGUGAUUGCCCUCCCGAAGGAACCCGGAGAAAAAAAAACAUAUUCCGGAAGUUUACCGACACCUGCAACUAUGAUCGCCUUAAAAUGGAAACUUUUCUCUCAUCACGGGGACUAAGCACCACUGCAUCGCAGAGACAUUGGGAACACAUCAAACAGGUGUGCAUAUGUGACAGUGUUAGGAGAUGACAUCCCCAUGGUGCAUGCUUGGAAACAAGAUCACUGCUCUUGGACGUGCCGAUCUGUCCAAACAUACACACAUGCCACGCUCCGGCCUACUGUGUGUAGUGCUCUUCCCUGAUGGCACAUCCCAAAAUUUCACUGUCAGUAAACACGAUGCUGGUCAUCUGCUGUUCGACUUGGCUUGUGAACACCUAAACAUAGUAGAAAAACAGUACUUCAGCCUGCAGAUCAGUGAGGACACAUCCAGCUCUCCGAGGUGGCUGGACCCCAACAAACCCUUUAAGAAACAGCUGAAGGGUUCUGCUCCGUUCUUUUUAAUAUUUAGAGUGAGGUUCUUCAUCUCUGAUCCAAACUCCCUCCAGCAUGAGCAGACCAGGCAUUUUUAUUUCUUGCAAAUUAAGAAGGACAUUUGUGAGGGGAGAUUAAAGUGUCCUUUAAGCUCAGCUGUGGUACUGGCUUCUUACUCUGUUCAGUCUGAGCUUGGAGACUAUGUUCCUGAAACUCCUGCCGGAUACCUCAGUAAGACCCAUUUUCUCCCUGACCAAGACCAGGAGUUCCUUCUGAAAGUGGAGUCGCUGCAUCCACAGCACAAAGGUCUGUCUCAGAGUGAAGCUGAGCUGUGCUAUUUGAAUACAGCGAGAACAUUAGACCUGUAUGGAGUGGAGCUACAUCAUGCUCAGGAUGUUAGCAACCCUGCCCUCUGGGUGGGGAUUACAUCAGGGGGCGUGGCCUUGUUUUGCCAUUUAAUUUGCUCCAGUUUUUUCCCCUGGAUUAACAUCAUCAAAAUUGCAUUCAAAAGAAAAAGGUUCUUUGUCCACCUACGCCGGAAACAUGGUGAGCUCGGCCACCACGUGGUCUCUCUCUCGAUGCCAAGUUCACGCGCCUGUAAGAACGUGUGGAAAUCCUGCGUGGACCACCAUACGUUCUACAAUAGGAAACCCUCUCACUCUGCUUCAAAACUUAGCUCUAUCCCACUGUACCGAAAACUGAUUGGCGAGAAAAUGUUGAAUCCUGCGGUGAGGUCCAACUCAAUGGAACACCUAGAGACCAAGAGUCUACCCUCACGGUCACCACCCAACACGCCCAACUGGAGGAGUCCCCGUUUACGUCAUGACUUCCGUAAGCCACGCCCAUCAUCUGUGGACAACCUGACCAAUGAAAUGAGCUAUGUGACUGAGAGUGAAGACGUGUUCUACACUUACAGGAAAACUCAGGAGGAGGGGAGGACGAGUGGUAGUUGGUCUCAUAGUGAUGACGUCAUCACCGAAGAAGAUGAUUUGCACGCCUGGGAUAAGAGUGUGACAGCUGAUGGAGAUCUGCUACUUGUGAGGAUCAGCCCAGACCAAGAUGGGAAGUUUGGCUUCAAUGUUAAAGGAGGUGUGGAUCAGAAGAUGCCGCUGGCCAUCUCUCAUGUUAACCCUGGAUCUCCGGCUGGUCGCUGUGUGCCUCCACUGAUGGAGGGAGAUCAGGUGUUGUUGAUAAAUGGGCGGGACAUUUCAGAACACACGCAUCAGCAGGUGGUCAUGUUCAUCAAAGCGAGCCGAGAGUCGCACAGCAAGGAACUAGCGUUGCUUGUGCGCCGCAAAGGUGUCACUUUGCGAGCCGAACCCACCCUACAGUUAGGUGAGGGUCUCACUCUUCCGGGUGAAAUACCCCCACUGUCCACCCAGCCGUCUGGAGAAACACUAGAGGAGUCCAUGACCCGUCUGGAGAGGGGGUUGGUCACUGGCACGCUGCUUCUGCACUUUGAGAAGUUGCACAGGAAGAAAGAGGGAAUGUUAAUGUCUUGCGCAAAGCAGUCUGAGAAUAUGGACAAGAAUCGGUACAAAGAUGUAUUACCAUAUGACAUCACCAGGGUGGUGCUGCAGGAGGAGGGGGAUGAUUAUAUCAAUGCCAGUCAUGUGAAGACUGAGCCAGCAGGUUGUGUUUUGCGGUACAUAGCAGCUCAGGGUCCACUGCCGAACACCUGUACACACUUCUGGAGGAGUGUGUGGGAGCAGGACGUCAGUGUCAUCAUCAUGCUAACCACACUGACUGAGAGAGGACGGACCAAGUGCCACCAAUACUGGCCGCAUCCCCCUGAAGUGAGGGAUUAUGGGCAUCUUCAGGUGUGCUGUCACUCAGAGGAGUGCAACCUGGCAUACGUUACCCGAGAACUAACAGUCACUAAUACUCAGUCGGGACAGCAGCGCUCAAUCACUCAUUUGCAGUAUGUUGCCUGGCCAGAUCAUGGGGUACCAGAAGAUUCCUCAGACUUUCUGGAUUUUGUCCAGUCAAUGAGAAGUAUGAGAGGGGAGUCGGUGCCUCUUAUGGUCCACUGCAGUGCUGGAAUCGGGCGAACGGGUGUGUUGAUCACCAUGGAGACCGCCUUGACACUGAUGGAGAAGGAAAAGCCAGUGUAUCCCCUAGAGAUCAUUACUUUGAUGAGAGAGCAGAGGGCCAUGCUGGUUCAGACACCGUGCCAGUUCACCUUUGUGUGUGAGGCCAUUCUGAGGGUGUACAGAGAGAGAUUCAAACAGAGCUCAAUGCCUAAAAGUUGAUGAGAAGAGGAGUUUUUAAAAACACAGAAGUGAAGGAAGAAGCUCCGCUGCUGUGAUCUGACUGUCAAUAAAGACGGAUGAAAAAGGGGCAGGGAGUAGAGGGUGUGUCUGGAUAAAGAUGGAUGGACAAUCUCUUCUCUUGCUGUGGCUCUCCUGACAGCUGUGCGGAUCAAGGAAGAACAUAAUGCACUUUGACGUAUAAGCCUAUAGGUCCCCACAGCACACAUACUCUCUCUUUCUCUCUCCCACAUAUACACCAAGUGCUAUAUUUGGGUGAAUCUCACAAAAUAUGGCAAGAAAUGUUCAGGUCACAUUUGACCCCAAAACCGAGAGGAAAAGAAAAAGUAAAUCAAAUUUUGCGUAAAAUAAAAACAUCUACUUUAAGAACUCCUAAUGUUUUCUCUCUUUAUUUGCAGUACAUUAUUUAUACCCCCAAUUAAAGACUAUACAACAAAUGAUGAACGAGACUAUGUAUUUUGUAAUAAAAAAAUGGGGGCACUUAUGGGUUAGUUCACCCAAAAAUGAAAAUUGUCAUUUAUUACUCGCCCUUAUGCCGUUCCACACCCCUAAGACCUUUGUUCAUCUUCGGAACACAAAUUAAGAUAUUUUUGAUAAAAUCCGAUGGCUCAGUAAGGCCUGCAUCGCCAGCAAUAACACUCCCUUUUUCAGUGCCCAGAAAGCUACUAAAAACAUAUUUAAAUGUGACUACAGUGGUUCAACUUUAAUAUUAUAAAGCGACGAGAAUACUUUUUGUUCGCCAAAAAUAACAAAAUAGCGACUUUAUUCCACAAUAUCUAGUGAUGGGUGAUUUCAAAAGACUGCUUCAUGAAGCUUUACGAAUCUUUUGUUUCGAAUCAGUGGUUCAGAGCGUGUAUCAAAAAGUCAGGUGAACUAUUGAAGUUUCAAAACACUUAUGACAUAACGAAGCCUUGUUUACUGAAAUCACGUGAUUUUGCCGCUCUGAACCACUGAUUCGAAACAAAUGAUUCGUAAGCUUCAUGAAGCAGUGUUUUGAAAUCACUAGAUAUUGUUGAAUAAAGUCGCCAUUUUGUUAUUUUUGGUGCACAAAAAGCAUUCUUGUCGCUUUAUAAUAUUAAAGUUGAAUCACUGUAGUCACAUGAACUGUUUUAAAUAUGUCUUUAGUAGCUUUCUGGACAUUGAAAAGGGGAGUGUUAUUGCUGGCGAUGCCAUCGGAUUUUAUCUAAAAUAUCUUAAUUUGUGUUCCGAAGAUGAACGAAGGUCUUACGGGUGUGGAAUGACAUGAGGGUGAGUAAUUAAUGACAGAACUUUCAUUUUUGGGUGAAAUAACUCUUUAAGUGUCCUAAAAGUAAUGCCACAAUACAAAAAUAAUAAUACUUUAUACUAUUGUCUUUAUGCAAAAUAUCAUUCCUGUUUUCCUUUCGAUUUUGGUGGUAAAAUGUGACCUGGACACUACUUUGUGAGAUCUACUAGUACAUCAACGAAUCCACUACUAGAAUAAUUAAAUUCACCUCUGUUAAUAAAUAAAUAAAAUGUGUAAUUCUUA